CACACAGGUCACAUUCUGUUAAGAGUGGUUGCAGGGCCAGCCACAACUGGCAUUAGUUGCCUGAAGAACAUCCACCUUAAUAUCAAUGUUUGUAACUCAAUGAGGUUUUGUACACAGAAGGUUUGAAUCCUGAGAAGCUGACUGAGCAUCUGAGCACAGGUUUACUCCAAUUGCCACUUACAAAUGUAUUGACAUAUAGCAAGCACUUCUGAAUCAAAGAAGUUCUUCAAGCUGCUAUUGUCAGGAAGAAUGCAGUCUGCAUUCUCAUGUCCCAGGGGGGAUACUGAGAAAGAGUCUGAGGAGCCAUCGCAUAGAGGUAUAGGUUUGCGUCGCAAAAGAGAAUUUACACCAGAAGAGAAAAAGGAUGCAUCUUACUGGGAAAAACGUCGCAAGAACAAUGAGGCAGCCAAGCGUUCACGAGAGAAGCGCAGAGCAAAUGAUUUUAUGCUGGAGACACGGCUAGUGGCACUAAGUGAUGAAAAUGCAGCUCUACGAGCUGAGCUACUGGCUUUGAACCUACGAUAUGGCCUGCUCAACUCUAAUUGUCCUUACUCAUCGCAUCAGAGGAGCUUCCUUCAGAUGCAUUCAUACUUUGCUCAAACAUCAAACACCUACCCAGACAGAGAGCUUUGGGAAAGGGAAAAAGUGAGUCAGGGACCUUCCCAGUGGCCUGGAUACCAGCAAACAUCUGAGACCAUAGCAGCGAAUUAUGGCGCAAACUUUGCCACACAUUCCUUCCCUAUCAACAGGGCUUAUUCUUACCUUCCAGAUGUCCCAGGUUUUGUUCCCUCUACAAGCACACCCAUGGUCUUAGCUCCUGUGUUCCCACCACUGGCCGCUUCAUUCCCAGAAAUUCCAGUGUUACAUCCAGUGGGUCAGAGAACAACAAUACACAAGGAGGUUGAGCAGCAGCCACCAGCCAAUGGCAGUACUACGCUGCCUCACAAGCUGAGGCUAAAGAAUCCAAGAUCAGCAAAGAAAAAAGAAGGCAGAAUCUCACCGACAUCCUCAUUCUCAAUAUAUUUAUCAAGCUAAAGAAUGGUGCUUGAUAAAUGCUGCAUGCUAACAUUUCAAUGUAAACUAUUUGUUGAAUUUUUCUUCAUGUAAAAAAAAUGAAUGACAUUCACUAUGCCCUCAGUUUUAAUUUUUUUUUAAUUCUGAAAAAUCACAAAAAUCAACAAAUGUUCAUGCAGAUGAGAGAAUGGCAUGUAAUUAAAUAUCUGACUUUUUGAUGAAAGGAAGCACAGACUCAUUCUGGGAAUCAUUGCUGCCUCACAGAUCCAGAGUUCAAUGUUCAAUCCUGAGUUCAGGGUUGUGUCAUUUUGGACUUUCCACCAAGUUUCAUUUGGGUAUCCUGGUUUCCACACGCUCUCCAAAAACAGCAUGUCUAAAUUGGGUAAAUGGAGUGUGAAUUAGUGUGAAUGAGAUUGGGCAGCAUGGUGGUACAGUAGUUAAUGCUGUUGCCUUGUCCCAAGAAGGUUCUGGGUUUGAAUCUCAAGGCUGACAGGAGCCUUUCUGUGUGGAGGUUGUCUGUGUAGAUUUCCUCUGGUUUUCCCCCACAGUUGAAAGGCAUACAUAUUAGGUACAAUAGAGCCACUGUAAUUGGUGCAAGCUGUAGUGGUUUCCCAGCCAUAAUGUAUACAUAUCUUGCUAUGGCAAAGCUAAAAAAUUUUUUUUUUUUAAAGUGUGUGUGAUCCCGGGCGGCACGGUGGUGUAGUGGUUAGCGCUGUCGCCUCACAGCAAGAAGGUCCUGGGUUCGAGCCCCGGGGCCGGAGAGGGCCUUUCUGUGUGGAGUUUGCAUGUUCUCCGCGUGUCCGUGUGGGUUUCCUCCGGGUGCUCUGGUUUCCCCCACAGUCCAAAGACAUGCAGGUUAGGUUAACUGGUGACU